CUUCUAUUAUGUUCAUCGCUAGUGAGUAAUUCAUUUCCUGAUUAUUAGUCUUGUCUACUGUAAUUCUUGCCCUUCAAACCACCAUGAGGGUCGCGACAGAGCUCCCCCUUCGCAUCCUUACACACAACAUCCGAUAUGCUACCUCCUCACCUUUCAAAGGCGAGCGCCCCUGGGCAGACAGAGUACAGCUUCUCUUGAACGAGCUGCAGUACAACACACGCCAUGCGGAAGGCUUUAUCUGUCUACAGGAAGUCCUACACAACCAGUUGGUUGACAUUCUCACUGGACUCAAUGCUUCCAAGCAGAACAAUGCGUGGGACUAUAUCGGCGUGGGACGAGAUGACGGCUGCAAAGCAGGCGAAUAUUCGCCUAUCCUCUUCCAACCUUCCAUCUGGCAACUACGACACUGCGAGACUGUCUGGUUAUCUGAGACGCCCGACACUCCGUCCAAGAGCUGGGAUGCUGCCUCGAUCCGCAUCGUGACCAUCGGUGUCUUUACCCACCGUGCCAGUCGCAAGACGAUCUUGGCGAUGAAUACCCACCUGGACGAUCAAGGGUCUCGGUCCCGACUAGAAGCAGCCCAUAUUAUUCUGCACAAGUUGCAGGAGUAUCGGACUGGGAAAGCCUUUGGCCCCAUGAUCUCGGGGAUGUUCCUGACAGGGGACUUCAAUAGUCAGGAAGACCAAGAGGCGUAUACCGUCUUGACGGCGCCGGAGUCACCUUUGGCAGACGCAGCGAAGUUGGUGAAUCCUUGGGAGCAUUACGGAAACCACAAAACCUGGACGGGGUUUGGACAUGAAGGACAGGAUCCGACGCGCAUUGACUACGUACUGCUCGAGUCAACGACAGACAAGGUUCUUAGCCAUGGUCGUCAGCCAUGGGCAGUGGAGGGCUAUGCAGUAUUAGCGAACCGAUUCGACGAUGGGGUCUUUAACUCGGACCAUCGGGCGGUGGUCAUCGAUGUGAUGUUAUACGACUAGUCACUAGUGCGAAGGCCCCAUCAGCUGGCUUUCUUGUUCCCCAGAAUUCCCGAAUGCUUUUCAUACUUCAGUAGGGAUAGAAAGACGCGAAUACUUAAGAAGAUGGACUUUAUUUUCGCGGAAGAUCAGCCAGAAGUGGGAAGGAA